AGUAAAAAAGAUUCAAACAACACUAAUAAAGAUGAAAGCUCUCCUGGGAAUUAGUUGGUUGAUAUUUUCUGCAAAUGCCACUCAUAUCAAUGCUAUAAAUAAUAGGACAAAGAGGAGCUAUAUAGUAUCAUCGCUCAUCACUAACAACUAGGGUUUAACUUCCAGAGUUCUCAUACUCCAUUAAGUUUGUAUUUUGUUCAAAAAAUGGUGAUUGUGAGGGGAAAUACAUCACCUUUUUAUCCCUCCAGGAUGGAAGCAAAGCACUUAAGUAACUUCUGUUUCAAUAGAGAGUUAGAAAAUGAUGAUGAUGACGACGAUGACGGAGCAAAAGUGGCGCCUGCAGCAUAAUUGGAUCAUUAUGUAUGUUUUAUUUUGAAAACAUGAAGCGACUCAUAUAUAUAGGUUUACUGAGAGAGAAAUUGUAGUUUUCUCCUCUGAAUAAGUAGGAACCCCUAUUUAAUUAGUCUUGUACUUUAAUUAGUAGAAUAUAUAGUGAUGAGAAUGAGAUAAUAUGUAGUGUUUCUUAUUUGACUACUUCAAAUAGGUUAUCAAUUUUCUAUUCCUAGACCAAAUCCAUGAAUGAGGCAACAUAAAAAACGACUUAAAAGAUUGUUAUAGGAGUACUUUGUUUAGUAGCAAAAAAUUUCCCAUUUAUUGUCUUCUUUUUUUCCUUAUAUCACCUAGUAUAAGCACUUCUUAUUAAUUUGAAGUAAUUAGACUGUUAUUUAAAAUUAAAAAUAUAUCAUGUCAAAAUUGAAACGAAUUUGCAUUACACAUCAUCCAAUUAAUGGUGGUUUUGAGCACUGGAUUGGCUUCAUUCCAAGAAAUGAGGAACUUCAUAAAUAAUCUACGUUUAUAUUUAACUUCACCUAGAACCACCACUUUCAUUUAUUUCUUGAAACAUUAAACUUAAUUAUCUGUGGGCAAGUUUAAUUCUUCUGCUCUCUUGUUUUAGAAAGGAAUUAAGCUACAUUUGUGGGCUACUUUAGACUCGUCUCUUUUGUUUCCUUCAUUACAUAUCCAUUUGAAAUUUAAAAAAAAAAAAUCCGAAAACCAAAAAACAAAAACAAAAACAGAAAACAAAAAAUAUGUUUCGCCAAAAGAAAAAGGAGAAGACCAAGAGAACAUUAAAGGGCAAUGAAUCUACCUGAAGAUGUAAUUUUCGAGAUAUUGACAAGGUUGCCUGCAGCUUCUCUGAUUAGGUUCAAGUGUGUUUGCAGAUUCUGGUAUUCUCUCGUCAAGAACCCUAAUUUCAUCUCAAAGCAUUUUCAUAAUCUGAGCAGCAAAAAAAUUUAUCUCCGAUUGCUAAUUAGUCGCCGUGGAAAUAUUACAAAUAAAAGGAUCCUCUCAUUGUCCAUAAAUGACACAUUUGAUGUGUUCAUCAAUCAAGAUUUUCCAUCAUUCUUCAAUGACAAAUUUGGUCACGUUAGGCUUAUAGGUCCAUGUAACGGCAUUGUUUGUUUAUGUGGUUAUCCAGAUAAUAUUGUUCUAUGGAAUCCUUCUAUUAGAGACUACAAAAUAUUGCCUCAAUCCCAAAUUCAACGUCUUGUUGGAUCAACAGUACGUGGAAGUGAUUUUGGAUUAGGGUUUGAUCAGAAGAAAAACGAUCAUAAGGUAAUACAAGUUUUAUUUUGUCUCUCAAUUGAUCGAGUUGUUGUUUAUCAAAUUGAGAUAUAUUCUUUAAAUGAAAAUUCUUGGAGAAAGUAUAAAGGGAUUGUGCCAGCUAAAAUAAAGUAUGGUAAUAGCUCAUGGAGUAUGGUAUAUAAAAAUGAGACUUUUUGUUGGUUAGCUCAAGAUGGUGAUAAUCAUGAGGUGAUUCUUUCAUUUAACAUGAGUGAAGAGACUUUCCAAAAUACAACAUUGCCAUCAUGUAUUGGAAUUUUUGGAGAGCAAGAAAUUAGGAGUGUUUGGGUGAUUGUACCAUUUAAAGAAUCAAUUUCACUUAUUGUUUAUUGUUUAAAAGAAGUGGGGAAGUAUUUUGAUAUUUGGGUGAUAAGUGAAUUGGGAGUUAAAAACUGUUGGAAUAAAUUGCAAAGAAUUGGUCCUCUUUUAAGGGUGGAGAGGCCUUUGGGGUUUUGGAAAAAUGGUGAGCUCAUUUUGGAAAAUAGCUCUGGAGAAUUGGUGAUUUAUGAUCCUUCAAAUCAAGAGGUGAAGACUCUUGGAUUUUAUGGGAAAAGAGGCAGACUGGAAAUAGUUAUUUAUAAGGAGAGUUUAAUUUCAGUCAAUUGAUAAUUAACUUUAGAUUUGUGAAAAGUAGUGGAGACAAAUUUAGGAUCUAGAAUCAAUGAGUUUUAGAAUGAAAGUGUCUUAAUUUAUAGUCUUAAUUUAUGUAUAUAUUUUAGAUGUUUUUUGAUAUAAGCAUACAUGGUUCGAGUAAAAAACAAUGGAUUUAAUUGAACUCGCCGAUCCUAUUUAUAAUGCGCCUCUGAGAAAUAGUAUAGGAUGCAUUGCUUUAUGAAUGAGAAAUAGUAUAGGAUGCAUUGCUUUAUGAACCCUUGAAGUUGAUGCGAAACUAACUUCUUCUUGUACAAAUCAUCUUUUUUUUUUUUUUUUUUUGGCUCAACAUAUCUUAAAGAAAAAGUGAGAAAAAAAAAAAAAUGAUGUCCAACACUUAUUAGUGCCUCUUUAUUGAGCUGCUUUGUAUCUUUCACGAGUUUUUGUAUUUUGGCCUAAAUUUGUAGAAGGGGAAGAUGAUUGGAUCCCUUAUAAUUUUUGUAACACUUAGGUCUGGCAACAA